UCGAAUUUUGUAAAUUGCAACUCUAUUUGAACUGUGUCAGUGACCAAGUAUUUAGUGUUUGACAAAUGUGAUCUAAAAGAAUAUUGUGACCCAAAAGAAUAUUCAUUGACAAUGUUCAAAUAGUCGAGUGGUUACACGCUCCAGAGGCAGUGGUCAGGGCUGUGGUCAUCAAAUACAAGUAUGGAUGCAAGAGAAAAAAUGCAAGCUAAAAGUGUGAUUUCGUUUAAGCAAGCUUCACUUAAGGAUCUUUGCCAGGAAGACAGGGUGAAGAUUGCUAAUCUCAUUAAAGAGUUGGCAAGAGCUACUGAAGAUAAGGAAGAAGCGUUUAAUGCGCUAGAGCAACAGAGGAAAGCAGUUUCUGAUAAUGUUGCUAUGGCAACAAGAGGUACAUCUGUCUUGGAGAAAAAGAUGGAGAAGCUACAGCAUCACAAUGCUGCACUAUACAAGGAACAUAAUCAGUUGCUAAGCAAGUACAAGGAAUCUCAAACACUGUUGCAGCAAUAUCAGAACACUAUUGCAUCCCAACAAGAAGACAUUCAUCAAACUCUGUCUAAACUUCUAACUCCUAAAAAGGUGUCAACGCCUCUCAAGAAGACGAAUAUGACAUGGCGACGUCACAAAAGGUCAAAGGUCGCUCCGCGUGGCGACCCUGUCGGUGACCUAGCUUCCCGCGAAGAACCCACGGAGAGGCAGAGCGACGACGACGACGACACCGGUAAUGAGAUCAGCAGCACGUCCUCGGUUACCGUGGCGACCGACUCCGGGACUGCGGCACAGCGGCCGAGAAAGCAGACGACGGAUUGUGGGAAGCCAUCCGGCAGGUUUCACCGCGAGGAGGGAGAGGUCAGUGCAGGUCACCAGCGACGCGCCGCCCCGCGGAAAAUCGCCGCGCAAACGACCGCCGCGCGUCCGCCCAGCACUAGGCGCAAACUCGAUGACGAAACGCCACCUGUUAACAAGCGAGCCGGUCGUCCAGGGGAACUGCGAUCGUUGUCGUUGUUCGCCGCGAGGAGUCCCGCGAUGUGGCUCGACAACGUGAACAACCUGUGGGAGAAGGAGCAGGGGGAGGAGACGAUGCGGGGAGGCAGAAAGAGGAACUCCGGCGUCUCUCGGUCGGCUGUCGCGGCGUCGGCACCCCCGAGGCACGUUGCAACCCCACCGACCACACUCCUGCGUGGGAGGCAUCCUCCGGACCCCCCUCGCCUCCUCGUUCCUCUGUCGCGACACUCCAACGUGGGAGACGCCGCCGAACUAGAAGGUUCCAUUGACCAGGUGGCAGCACGGUGCGAUGACGCCGACGCGCGGCGAGAACUCGCCGACAGCCGCGCGACAUUGCGAGAGGAGCUGCGUCGGUUGGAGGCGACGCUCGCGCUAAGAACGGAUGCUCUCGUCGCCGCGGCGACGCAGGAUCGGCCGAGCGGUGGCCGGCGGACGGACUCGGGCGACCGGGGUCGGAGGUCGUCUCGUUGUCCGGCUGCGCUGGAGACAAGGAGCGAGACGUCUCUUGGCGACGCCGAGACAAACUCGGGGCGUUCAGCGGAGGUGGGAUCGGAUCGCGGGCCGCCGCUGCAGACGGGAGAUCUCGCGAUACGCUGCCUCGCGUCCCAGGUGGCGGGCGGCGUCUCACCUGUGCACGAGCAGCUGCUGCAGGUGAGGGGCUGGUUGCAGAGGAAGCUGGAACAAAAGCAGAGAAUCCUGCAGGAUAGAGUGGAACAGAUGACGUCUCAGAUGCAGAAUCGACGUUCGCCCGUGGCGAUCGAUUAUCGGGACCCUGUAGGAGGAACUCUCCAGCGAUUAAGCGUGAGAGAAGAGAAGGCAAGUUCGCGCAGUGUUCGAGAUGAGAGGCGAAAGCCUCGAGAUCUAAUGGGAGGUGGCAGGUCACUCAAUGUACAAGACGAUGGCAGGCAUUACGGAAAUCAUCCUGCAGAUUCUGUGCUGAUGUCGCUGAACAUAGAAUAG